AUGUCCGUCUUUGCGGAUAUACCGCAGGCGGCUCCAGAUGUCGCCUUUUCGCUCGUGGCCGCGUAUAAGGAAGACCCGAGCGACAGGAAGGUUGACCUGUGUCCUGGGUUCUAUCGGGAUGAGAACGCCGAGCCGUGGAUCCUACCUUGUGUGAGAAAGAUUACUAACCCACCAGAUAUUAUACGGCAGGCCAAAGAUAUCAUCCACGCAGACCCAGACCUAGACCACGAACACCUGCCCCUGCUCGGCCACCCGGGGCUCCUGGCCGGCGGCCGCAAGAUGGCCUUCGGACCGCCCAGCCCGGCGGACGACCAUGCCCGCAUCGCCUCCAUCCAGACCGUCUCCGGCACGGGCUCCAACCACCUCGGCGCGCGGUUCCUGGCGUCGUCGGUCCUCUCGGGCCCGGGCCAGACCAGGAGCGUCUGGCUCCCGCACCCGACCUGGGUCAACCACCCGGAGAUCUGGGCGCUCGACGCCCCCGCCGUCGCCCAGCGCGCGUACCCCUACUAUGACCGGGAGCGCCGCGCGCUCGACCGGGACGGCCUGCUCCGCACCCUAGCCCGAGACGCCCGCAAGGGCGACGUCGUCGUCCUGCACGCCUGCGCGCACAACCCGACCGGCCUGGACCCCGGCCGGGAGCUGUGGGUCGAGAUCGGGAGGAUCUGUCAGGAGAGGGGGUUGUUUGUGCUGUUCGAUUCUGCCUAUCAAGGCUUCGCCACCGGCUCCCUCGACGACGACGCCUUCGCGAUCCGGCACUUCCUGGGCCGCAGGAUGGAGUUCGCGGUCGCGCAGUCCUUCUCCAAGAACCUCGGGCUGUACGGCGAGCGCGUCGGCGCGCUGCACGUCGUCGCGGCCGACGCGGGCACCGCGCGCAGGGUCGAGGGCAGCCUGGCCAGGAUGAGCCGGGCCGAGGUCAGCACGUGCCCCAGCUACGGGGCCAGGAUCGCCGCCGCCGUCUUGGGGAGCGACGAGCUGUACGCGCAGUGGCUGAGGGAUCUGGGCACCAUGAGCUCGAGGAUAAUGGGCAUGAGAAGGAGGCUGCAUGGGGAGCUGGUAAGGAGGGAGACGCCCGGCUCGUGGGGGCAUUUGUUGACGGAUAUCGGCAUGUUUUCUAUGACCGGGCUCUCGAGGGAGCAGUGCACUGUUCUAAAGGACAGAUACCACGUCUACCUCCUUCCUUCGGGGAGAAUGUCGUUCACAGGAUUGACAGGACGCAAUGUUGGCCAUGUAGCCGAAGCGAUCGACCAAGUAGUUAGAGAGUAAUCCUGCCGCGACUUUUUCCAACAAAAUGAUCACCAGCCAACUAGCACAAUGGAGGUUUUUUGGCGUCCAUUAAUAGAGCUUGUUUAAUUCUUACUUCGGCAGAAAAUAGACCAUGAUAGGUAUCUUAAUCGGG